UUUUAAGCAAAAGUUGACUUAUUGCAUUGUCACCUGCAAUAACAUGACAACGUCUAUUGACUUCCAAUGUUGGGUAUGACUUGUCUUUAUUCAAAUCAAACUCUAUUUGUCACAUGCACCGAAUACAAGUGUAGACCUUACCGUGAAAUGCUUACUUACAAGCCCUUAAACAGUGCAGUUCAAGAAGAGUUAAGACAAUAUUUAACAAAUAGACUAAAGUAAAAAAAAUAUUUUAAAAAAUAACACAAUAACAAUAACGAGGCUAUAUACAGUGUGUAGAGGUUAGUUGAGGUAAUUUGCACAUGCAGGUAGGGGUGAAGCGACUGCAUAGAUAAUAAACAACGAGUAGGAGCAAUGGGGUGGGGGGGGUCAAUGUAAAUAUUCCGGUGGCGAUUGUAUAAAUUUUUCAGCAGUUUUAUGGCUUGGGGGUAGAAGCUGUAGAGAGGAGCCUUUUGGUCCUAGACUUGGCGGUCCAUUACCUCUUGCCAUGCGGUAGCAGAGAAAUCAUCUGCUCUAUAGUGAAAGUGUCAUUCAUAUGGCCUGUGUGUUAUUUUUAUACAGAGGUAGUUGACGAAGAGGAAGGAAGCCACUUUAGACGAUCUAUUAAAAUGCGUCCACAGUUCAUCUGGUGAUGUGCGCGAAGAAAGUAGGGAACCCAUAAAAUACUUUCCGACGUAACCAACUUCGCUCAGAUCCUACCUACUACGUGUGUUCGUGUACCGUACCAUCUAAACAUAACAACACGUGGUCAUCGUUCAACCCAGUACUCCCCAGCCCUUCCAUCUGGCGUUGAUGUCUUCCCCCCUGCACUCCUUUAGACUGAAUACUGGGGCUCAGAUGCCCCUCCUGGGCCUAGGAACAUACAGGCUGCAAGGUGAGCAAAUGCACCUGAGUGUUGACGCUGCACUCGGGGAAGGGUAUCGUGCCUUUGACACUGCUGCGGUGUACGGCAAUGAAGCAGACUUGGGCCAUGCCCUGUUGGACCUGAUGCCCAAACACAACCUGACCAGAGCAGACAUCUUUCUCAUCAGUAAGCUGUCCCCAGCGGACAUGGGCUCGAAGGCCAGAGAGGGCUGUGCUCGUAGCCUGGAGAGGCUGGGGCUAGGGGGAUACAUUGACUUGUACCUCAUCCACUGGCCUGGAACUGAGGGUCUGGAACCAGAAGAUGAAAGGAAUGCACAGCAUCGAGCCCACAGCUGGACUGUCAUGGAGGAGCUCUAUGCCAAUGGGAUGCUCAGAGCAAUUGGGGUCUCAAACUACUCUCCAAGGCACCUGAUAGAGCUGCUGGAGACCUGCAGGGUGCGCCCUGCCGUGCUGCAGGUGGAGUUCCAUCCUAGACUGACACAGAAGAAGCUGAGGGUCAUUUGCAGGGACUCGGGAGUCUGCUUCCAGGCGUAUUCAUCUCUGGGGAAAGGUGCCCUGUUGUUGGAACCAGAAGUUGUUGCUAUGGCGGAGGGGCAUGGCAGAACUCCCUCCCAGGUGCUCUUGAGGUGGGCCAUUCAGCAGGGUGUGGCUGUGUUACCCAGGUCCGCACGGCCCAAGAGGGUGAGAGAAAAUGGGCAGGUGUUUGACUUUGACCUGGAUGAAGGGGGAAUGGAGAGACUGUCUGACAUGGACAGUGGAACAAGAUUCUGCAAAAGAGAUCCCACUAGUGUGGUCUAGAGGAGAGAGCCCCACAACAAUAUACU